GAUAAAGAAAUUAUGAAAAAUAGGUAGUACAUACUUAGUAGGUAAUGUAGAAAGCUUGUAAGUUUAAAUAAAACUAUCAAAAUUAUCAAAAUAGUUUUAAUUAUUCCAGUAAAGUUAUUCGCAAAUAUUUUUCAAGUAAGAGUGGCAUGGAUGAAAGCUUAUCAGACUUUCAAGAAAAGAAACAAUUUCUUGCACCGAAUUUUAAACCAGUGAAAACCAAAAACAAAAGUCAGAACACUAAAAAGACUCUUAAAAAGCCAAGAGGACAGAGAGAUAUAAGGAAAGCUCUGAAAUCGAAAACAAGUGACAUAGUUACAGAUUCAAAAGAGUUUGGCAAUGUUUGUAAGCAGUCUGGCAUUGAUGUGGAUCCGGAGCAUUUACAGUUGGCUAUAGCCUUGUCGAAAUCUAUUCAACCCACAAAACAUGAAACUCAACCGUCUCAAUUCAACUCCCAAGAAAAAACUGCUAGAAUUCGAUCAACUUUGCAACAAUAUGGUUUCACAGUACCUGAAAUAAAAAUCUCAAAUAGCAGGAAAAUACGAAAGCCAAGGAAUAAUUAUAAACUGCUAUUGUUAUCAGACUCAGAAAAACAAAUAAAUAUCGCCGAUAGAUAUUCUCAAAUCUUAUUACAAAAUAUCUGUCCGUCUCGGUCUCCAACAAAAAAUGUUGAAUAUAUUCAUUCAGAUUCUAAGCUGUUUCAUCUAACAGCUAAUGCAUCUUAUGAAAUAAUUAAGGAUAACAAUUUAUAUUAUCUUGAAAACUUACCUUUAGAGAGAUCAGUACAUAAAGGCAGCCUUUUGCGAGAUUGGUCUGAAAUCCCCGGGCGGCCAGUUAGUCCUAAACUAGGAGAAGUUCCAGCUAUGGAUGUAAGUGAAAUACUGUGUUCACAAGAGGAAUUAAACAUUAUUUUAAGUGGUGCUCUGACAAAUGCUAAAAAUGUAAUUAAUAAAAUAAGAGCACUUCAAAAAAGUAAAGAUGCUGACAUAGAAAUUACUAAUAUUAACGAAAAAUCUAGUGAUAAUAAUUCUGAUAAAGUAAACAAAUCUUUAUCAACUCAAUUUAUAUCAGGAAAUACAAGAAGUUUGUCCCCAGAUAUGUUUGAUGAUGAUCAUUCAGGGUUUCAAGAUUCAGCGGCAAGUACUAGUAAACUUGAUUUCCCAGAAGAAAAUUUACCUAACAAAAGUAUAAUACUAACUAGUUCUGUAACUACCAAGAGUAAAUUUUCACAAAGAUGGAAUAUAACAAGGAGAAAGUCUCACAAUGUUAUGGAGUUGACUGAUUGUGUGGGAUUGACCUUAAAUCCUAGUUGCAAUUUGACAACAAGAACAGAUGCUACAAAAAGGAAAUCCAAUGAUUUUAUGGAAUUAACAGAAUGUAUAACACAACAUAAAGAUAAUAUUGAUUUCAGUAAAAAGUCUGAAGAAACUGUUACAGAAAGAAAUGAAACUGAAGAAAGAAACAAUAUUGUAGUUACUGAAAGUAUAAAUUUAACACAAUCUUCAAAUUCUAGUGAUUCUUUGCCAUUUGUCCAUGUAAGUGGUAAAAAUAAUGAUUCUUUAAAUGAUACAGUAGCAUUGAAUGACUCUGAAUUAAAUAUUGUCAAUAGAUCACCUGGAAAUAGAGAUGGUUGGACAGAAACAAGACAUGUAGUUGACAACAAUCAGAUAAAAUCCUCAUCCUCACAUGAUCUGACUUCACUAAUUUCUCAUGAUAAAACACCUUCGAAAGAAAGCGUAAGUGUUGAAGAUUCUUCAAAUGAUUCCUUUGAAGAUUUUCUUUACAACCAUUCUAAUAGUCCUGAACAAAAUAAUAUAACUGACAAAUCUGUGCCAGACUUAGUUCCUGAAAAUGAUAAAACAGAAAGCCCCGUCUGUAAUAAUGAUGAACUAGAAAAAACUGCACUUUACUUAGAAAAUAAAAAUAACUCUACUCGAAACUCUACAGACCAAAUUGCGGCUUAUAACAAUGAACGAUGUGAUUUAGGCAUUAAAAAUAAUACUGAAAUAGAUUUGAUGGAAAGCCCAGAAUAUAAUGAUGAAACACUAGAACAUUAUAUCUUAGAAGUAGAGAAUUAUGAAAAUAUAGAUUUGACUCAAAAUUCAAGUACAUCUGAAGAGGUAUUCAUUGACAAUAUUUUAGUAGACAAAGUCGAAAACAAUCAUAACCUUGGGAAGAUUGAUAAUGUUUCUAUAGAUUACGAUGAACUAAGCUCAAGUAAUGUAGUGUCUAACGUAAAUAAUACAAAUAUGUUUGAUGUCUCUGCUACGGCUGACACAGAAGAGUCUCAAAGUGAUUCACUUUCAAUAAGCAAAUCGAACACUACUAAUUCUAUUAAAAAUUCCGUAAAUGUUGAUUCAAGUCAAACAAGCCAAGAUUCUGAAGUUUUUGAGAUUUCAGACAAAGAAUUAGAUUAUUCAAUGCACAGAAGUAGAUUUGGUGAUUGCUUUGAAGUUAAUUUUGGAGGCAUAUCUGUCAUUGAUAAUAUUAGUGACAGGAAUAAAGACAACGAAGCAAAUGACAAUCAAUCUACAAAUGAUAGUUUUUUACCAGAAGUAAAUGUUAAAACACACGAAAAACCUAAUAAACUAAGCAAUUCAGUCAUAUCACCCAUCAGACUAAAUGACUUUGAUGAUAUUAUCGAAACACCAAGAAAUUCCAAAUAUGUCAGAGAUAAAAAUCAUGAAGUAACUAAAGAAUCAUAUAGAGAAAUUUCACCUAUCAAGAAAAAUGAUGUAUAUGAUAUAAUAAAAACUCCUAAUAGUAAUGAAUAUGUUAUUAAGACUGAUCAAGUUACUCCUAUGGGAGAUUACAAUGCUAUGUCCACACCGGACAGAAAUAAGGAGUUAGAUAAAUAUGGACUGAAACCACUGAAAAGGAAAAGAGCCAUAAAACUACUCACACACAUAUACAAUCAAACCCAUCCAAUAGUCGAGCCAUGCACAUCAGAAUUUACACAAUCGCCUACAAAAAAACGCAAAACUGAAUCGACCACACACAAAUCUCAGACGAAAUCUAAAAAUCAGAUUACAGAAACAAAAAUAGACAAUAAACAAACUUCACCGAACAAAAGAAAAAAUGUUAUAUCUCAAAUUGAAAAUGUAGAUGGAGAUAUUGAAAUAAAUGAAAAUAUUUAUGAAGUAACAAAUGAUAAAGUCGAAGUGAGGAAUUUAGAUUGUGCUGAAGAUGAAUGGGUUUUCCAAAAAAAGGAAAAAUCGAAGGUAUACUCUUGUCGUGUCCCUCUACACAUAGCGUUUCAUAACUACGUGUCGUGUCGACGUGGUCUGCAUGAGGCUAUACUGAGAUACGAGCCGGUAGAAAUUGAUGUCAUACACAAGGGAUUGGUGACAAAUGGGUGUCGAUAUGAUCCUAAGGACCUGUUAAAGUUUAUGGACAAGAAAUGCAUUACAGUUAAGACUGCAGACAACAAUGCCAGAAACAACAAAAAAUAACAUCAAUAUAAUAAUUAUGAAUAUUUUAUAUAAACAUAUAAAUAAAACAGAUUUAUUUAUUU